AUGGCAAUCACUUCAAACCUUUUUAUAAAUCAAAAAGGUUCAACUACUGCAUUAAAGCAACCUAAAGAGAUCGGUUAUUACUCUAGAAAUCAAAAUGGGGAGUAUUUGAUUCAACAGCAGACUCAAUUGAAGUACUAUUAUCUGCCGAAUUCUGACCUUGAAAGAAACUUAGAUCUUUCCAGUGGUUUAAAGAAAUUUAAGAAUUGUGAAGGUACAUUUGAGGAUACUUAUACAAUUCAUGGUUUAUUAAAAUCUAUCCAGUAUAACGAACAACAUAAGGGGAAGAGAAUUAAAGGUGACAUCAUUGCUACAACAGAGACUAUAACAAAAUUGAUCCUUGGUGCAUUUGAUAAUACAAAUAUUAACCCUAUAGAUAUGGUAGUGGUAUCAUAUGAUGGACAAUUGUUUAUUAAGGAACGGAAACAGGUAACACCUGCCACAAUUGAUAUGAAUAAAUACUCGAAUUAUAAAUUUAAAGCACUGUCAACCCUUUCUCAAUCGUUACCAUUGGAAUCAAGAGAAAUUCUAGAGAAAAGACAUAAAAAAUUGUGUAAUAAUGGUGACAAAUUUGUUAGUGUGACAAAGACAGGUGUUGGUAAAGUGAAGUUGAUUCUUUCGGCAGAUAUUGAUUGUAUUUUUGAUUUUAAAGAAGAAAAUAAAGAUAAUUUAAAGCAUUAUACGCAAUUAGUUUGUAAUCCUACUGUUAACACCAUUUCAGAAUCACAUAAAUUUGAAAAUGGUAUGUUUCGGAUCUGGUUAAAAUGUUUCCUUGCCGGUAUACCUAGAAUAAUAUGUGGAUUUAAAGAUGAUGGUUAUAUAUUGAAGACCGUUGAAGAAUAUGCAACAAACGAGAUUCCAAUCUUAUUGAAAGAAAACAAUCCAGAGGUUGGAUCUAAGUGCCUAGAUGCUAUCAAAUGGUACGGCUUAUUUACGGAAUGGUUGCUAAAAAUUAUCCCACAUGGAGACACUAAAGAAAUUAAACCAUUCAAGUUGAUUUUGGCUGAUAAUCAUUUAAAGCUACAUGAAAUUGAGGCUAGUGAUCCUGAAUUUGAACAUUUUGCUCAAGGAGAUGGUGUAUUAUCCUCUGAAUUUAAAGAAUGGAGAAGUUCAUUAUAG